AUGUUUAUUUUUCGUAAUGACGUCACGUUUGGAAUUCCCCCUCAACUUCCGUGUUUAACGAUGGAUCAAUCUGGCAGGGUAAAACCACUCCAUGUGAAGACACCCCUCAUAGAAAGCCAUGCCCUAUCAAAACUAACAGGACUAAAAGUGUGGUUGAAACUAGAGAAUACACAACCUGUCGGAACAUUCAAGAUCAGGGGAAUUGGAAAUUUAUCCCAAAAGGCUGUUUCAAAUGGCUGCAACCAUUUGGUUAGUUCAUCGGGAGGAAAUGCUGGUUUGGCGGCUGCCUAUGCAGCACGUAAGCUGAACAUCGCAGCAACCAUCGUGGUUCCAGAAACAACCCCAGAAUUUAUGAGGGAACGUUUACGUGAGGAGGGUGCUACAGUAGAAGUUUGUGGCAAAGUAUGGGAUGAGGCCAACAAGAGGUCUCUUGAAAUAGCUGCUCAGCCAGGAUACACUGCAGUCCAUCCAUUUGAUCAUCCAGAUAUAUGGGAGGGCCAUGCGUCUAUGAUUGAAGAGAUCAAAGAGGAAAUGGAUGCCCCUGAUGCUGUCAUACUGUCUGUGGGUGGAGGCGGUCUGCUCUGUGGAGCAGUAGAAGGUUUAAAGAGAGUAGGUUGGGGAGAUGUUCCAGUGGUUGCUAUGGAGACCGAAGGAGCAAAUUGUUUCAGUGAAGCAAUUAAAGCAGGAAAAGUGGUCAGAACAGAAUCAAUCAAAAGUAUAGCCAAGAGUCUCGGUUCAUUAAGUGUUGUUGAACAACUACUCUCAUACAUGAAAGAACACACCAUACAUUCCGAGCUUGUCUCUGACCAACAGGCUCUUAGCGCCUGCUAUAGAUUUCUAGAUGACCAAAAGAUGCUUGUUGAGCCUGCAUGUGGUGCCGCAUUGGCGGCAGGGUACAGCAACAUUUUCCCAAAGCUACAAAACAAAGGGAAACUUCCAAAGUUAAAGACAGUAGUCUUCAUUGUAUGUGGCGGAAAUGCUGUAAGCUUGAAGCAGUUGGACAUUUGGAAAUCAGAACUAGGAAUGGCUUGAUUUAUAUACAAUGGAUUCUAGUCGUUUGCAAUUUGUUAAAAUUGUAUUUUACAAAAAUCGUGACUUUUUCCCUUUCCACUUAAACAGAACGAAGUUCUAGGAAAUUCUUUUCCUUUUCUGUUUCACGAUCCAGCCAAUAUUUUCAAUAAUGAUAUAUUAAGAGGAUAGUAAUAUCUACUGGACUGGACUGGUCUCAGGGUGCUCUUUUCUCUUCAGUUCUGUUAAGACAUAUGUCAUGUUUAUUUUGUAGUAAGAGUGUUUUUUCAAAAUUUCACAUGUGUAAAGAGUUGAUUUAAGUCAGUUUACUGUAUAACAGAGUUUUACCCUACUAUCACACCAAACUAGUUCUCACUACGUUCUCGAAAACGGGCUUUAACUGUGUACAUGUACGAAGGGACUGGACGUACCGUUUGGCACUAUUUACAAACUUCAUAGAACAUACUCGAAAGGAUAGGUCCUCUAGAACUUAGAAAAUGUUCUCAUGGUUGUCAUGUUCUAC